GCACGUCCCGGUUCGUUCUCAGGGGCGGACUCAGUGGCGGAAGUGGCGCCUCCGGAAGAUCCCCUUCCGCUCGGAGGCGCUGCGGUGGCCGCGGACCAGACUGUUGCUGGGGCAAGGUGGAGCCAGGGCCGUAGCUGAUAUGGAGCAGCCCUGCCGCUGAGGCCCAGACCUCCCGCCCUGAGGAGGACCGGCCAGGAUGAGCAAGCCGUCUGGGGAACUGGCCCACAACCUGGAGCACAGCCUGCCGGCCGUGGCCUCCCUAGGCUCGUCACUGUCACAGAGCCAGAGCCUCUCCUCGCACUUCCUCCUGCCACCGCCAGAGAAGCGCCGGGCCAUCUCUGACGUCCGGCGUACCUUCUGUCUCUUUGUCACCUUCGACCUGCUCUUCAUCUCCCUGCUCUGGAUCAUUGAGCUGAACACCAACACAGGCAUCCAGAAGAACCUGGAGCAGGAGAUCAUCCACUACAGCUUUAAAACUUCCUUCUUUGACAUCUUUGUCCUGGCUUUCUUCCGCUUUUCCGGACUGCUCCUGGGCUAUGCUGUGCUGCGGCUCCGGCACUGGUGGGUGAUUGCGGUCACGACGCUGGUGUCCAGUGCAUUCCUCAUUGUCAAGGUCAUCCUCUCUGAGCUGCUCAGCAAAGGGGCAUUUGGCUACUUGCUUCCCAUCGUCUCCUUUGUCCUUGCCUGGUUGGAGACCUGGUUCCUUGACUUCAAAGUCCUACCCCAGGAAGCCGAGGAGGAGCGAUGGUAUCUUGCUGCCCAGGCUGCAGUUGCCCGAGGACCCCUGCUCUUCUCUGGUGCUCUGUCCGAGGGCCAGUUCUAUUCACCCCCAGAAUCCUUUGCAGGGUCUGAUAACGAAUCAGAUGAAGAAGUUGUUGGGAAGAAAAGCUUCUCUGCCCAGGAGCGGGAGUACAUCCACCAGGGGAAGGAGGCCAUGGCAGUGGUGGACCAGAUCUUGGCCCAGGAGGAGAACUGGAAGUUUGAGAAGAAUAAUGAAUAUGGGGACACUGUGUACACCAUCGAGGUUCCCUUUCAUGGCAAGACCUUCAUCCUGAAGACCUUCCUGCCCUGCCCCGCGGAGCUGGUGUACCAGGAGGUGAUCCUGCAGCCCGAGAGGAUGGUGCUGUGGAACAAGACGGUGACCGCCUGCCAGAUCCUGCAGCGAGUAGAAGACAACACCCUCAUCUCCUACGAUGUGUCUUCAGGGGCUGCAGGCGGUGUGGUCUCCCCCAGGGACUUCGUGAACGUCCGACGCAUCGAGCGGCGCAGAGACCGAUACCUGUCAUCGGGCAUCGCCACCACCCACUGUGCCAAGCCCCCGACACAUAAAUACGUCAGGGGCGAGAAUGGUCCUGGGGGCUUCAUCGUGCUCAAGCCGGCCAAUAAUCCUCGAGUCUGCACCUUCAUCUGGAUCCUUAAUACAGAUCUCAAGGGCCGCCUGCCUCGGUACCUCAUCCACCAGAGCCUCGCAGCCACCAUGUUUGAAUUUGCCUUUCACCUGCGGCAGCGCAUUGGCGAGCUAGGCGCCCGGGCGUAAGCACGCCCCAUCACCACCCUGCAGGCCAGGGGCCUGUCGCUACAGCCUCCAGAGCCAGAGAGGGGGCCAGUUGGGCCUCCUGCUGCCCACAGAGGACCCGGCCUCAAACAGUGGGGAGGAAGAAGCUUCCUCCACAGCAGGCAGCACCUUGGCCCCAAGGUGCCGCCCUUGACCACACGUCACUGUGCCUGGCAGCCAUGGCUGUGAGCACGUGGAGGGCUCAAGCAUCUGGACUCUGCCACUGAGGCGAGUGGGGUCUGUCCUGCCAACAUUUGCAUGGUGUCCCUGCUUCCUGGAGGAGGAGAUCCACUGUCCCCUACCUGGCCAGGGGCAGGGUCUGGAAUGGAAGCCUCAGACUUUGUUGGGGAGGACCAGGGCCCUGGGUAGGACGGAGGUCUGGUCAGCCUUGUCACCAGCAUGAAGGUGCAGGAGCCCCUUCAUCUGCCUGCUCUCUCAUCACAGUUUUUUAGGAUUAUUUAAAGGGUCUGGGACCUUUUUCCACUUGUACUUGCAGGAGUGCGGGUGGCAGGUUGGGGUGCUGGGUGCUGGCAGCAAACCUGCCUCUCCCAGGUUCUUUCCAGGUUGCCUCCCCACCAGGGCCUCCUUGGGGACCUUUGUAAUUUGAGCCAAUUACAAACAUGAACUCCAAAAAAGACAAAGCAGCUCCUCCAGCCUGGCCUCUUGAGGGAAGUCAAGGGCAGCACCUUGGAGCUCGGGGAGGAGCCACUGCUGCAACCAACACAUCACACACCCUCUCACCCUCCCAGAGCCGAGGAGGAUGGAGUCACUGGGGACCCAGUUCCUGGAACCCCCCUUCUCACAACUUUCCUGAAUGGUUCAGCUGGGCAGAUGACUGGUCAGAGAAAAGUUCCCCGCCUCCCUGCCAGGUCUCCUGUGAGGGAAGGUCAGGUCAAGGUCUCCAGCCCAGGAUGGGGAGGGGGAGUAGGGAGAGCCCCGGCAGUACCCACAGCAGGCCUUGGCUGCUCCUGGUGUCCCAAGGUCAGGGCGGGGACAGGGGUGUGGAGGGGAUGGGGCAGGAGGUGGGGCCUGGACUUCUGGGUCACUGACUCUGGAAUCCCAGCCCCUGAGCUCCACUCACCUGCCCUCCUGUCCCACCACACUGGGGCCACCAGGAUACUUGCCCUCUCUGCUUGCCUGCAGGCCUCCAGAGGAGGUAACUUGCUUAGAGCCAUGGGGUGGGGGUGGGGGUGCUGUGUUGUGGGGAGAGCCCCUCUCGGUCCUGGUUAGGCGUAUGACCCUGGGCAAAUCUACCUCUCUGAACCUCCAUCUCCUACUUUGUAAAAGCUGUUGUAAGAUUAAAAGGUAUCAAGAAUCA